GCCGAUGAUGAUGAAAGUGAGUCUGAUGCUGGCAUCCUACACCAGAACUUAACCUUCGCCAUCUGCGCCCUUCAGGGGCUGCUACGAAAACUUGGUGCCGGGCUCGACGAUCUUUUGCCAUCUUCGACUGCAUCCGGGUCGUCGUCGCAUCAGAGCGGGCGGCUGAAGAAGAUCUUGACCGGGCUGAGGGCUGAAGGAGAAGAAGGGCGGCAGGUGGAGGCGCUGACUCAGCUUUGCGAGAUGCUAUCGAUAGGGACGGAGGAGUCGCUGGGAUCAUUCUCCGUGGAUUCUUUCGUGCCGGUUCUUGUUGGGUUGUUGAAUCAUGAGAGCAAUGCGGACAUUAUGCUUCUUGCAGCGCGGGCGCUCACGCAUUUGUGCGAUGUCUUGCCGUCUUCUUGCGCUGCAGUCGUGCAUUAUGGUGCUGUUCCUUGCUUCUGUGCAAGGCUGCUGACCAUUGAGUACAUGGAUUUGGCUGAGCAAUCUUUACAAGCUCUCAAGAAGAUAUCACAGGAGCAUCCGACUGCUUGUUUGCGUGCUGGUGCACUUAUGGCGGUGCUGUCUUAUCUUGACUUCUUCUCUACUGGGGUUCAGAGAGUAGCUCUAUCUACUGCUGCAAACAUGUGCAAGAAACUCCCAUCAGAUGCUGCCGACUUUGUAAUGGAAGCGGUUCCACUGCUUACGAACCUUCUCCACUACCAUGAUUCAAAGGUUCUUGACCAUGCUUCAGUUUGUUUGACGCGUAUUGCUGAAGCAUUUGCCUCAUCCCCGGAGAAACUGGAUGAGUUAUGUGAUCAUGGGUUGGUUGCACAAGCUGCUGGGUUGAUCUCCAUCAGUAACUCAGGAGGGCAGGCCUCUCUCACUCCAUCAACAUACACGGGUUUGAUCCGCCUCCUGUCAACAUGUGCGAGUGGAUCACCGUUAGGAGCCAAAACCCUUCUCCUGCUUGGUAUCAGCGGUAUUCUUAAAGAUAUUCUUUCUGGUUCUGGUCUCGUAGCCAAUAUAUCGGUUUCUCCUGCUUUAACAAGGCCACCAGAGCAGAUUUAUGAAAUGGUGAACCUGGCUAAUGAACUUCUUCCUCCGCUGCCCCACGGAACUAUCUCUAUCCCUGUUCCUUCUAACAUUCUUGUGAAAGGAUCGGCUGCGAGGAAAACCCCUGGUACUACUUCUGUAAAGCAAGAGGAUGCCAAUGCAGCAAGUAAUGAAGUUUCAGCUCGUGAAAAAUUAUUGCAAGAUCAACCUGAACUUCUGCAACAGUUUGGGCUGGACCUCCUUCCUGUUUUAACACAGAUAUAUGGCUCCAGCGUCAAUGGUCCAGUUCGCCAUAAAUGUCUAUCUGUAAUUGGAAAGCUGAUGUAUUUCAGCUCAGCUGAUAUGAUCCAGUCAUUACUUAGUGUAACAAAUAUAUCCAGCUUUCUAGCAGGUGUUCUGGCAUGGAAAGAUCCACAUGUUUUGAUCCCUGCUCUUCAGAUAGCUGAAAUUCUUAUGGAGAAGCUUCCAGGAACAUUUUCCAAGAUUUUUGUUAGGGAAGGAGUUGUUCAUGCUGUAGAUGCAUUAAUAUGCCUUGAUUCUUCAACUGUAGUUCCUUCUCAAACAUCCUCUGAAAAGGACAAUGAUCCUUUGCCUGGAACAACUUCCCGUUCUCGUCGGUAUCGACGACGUAGUGGUGGUCUAAACACAGAUAAUAGCUCAUUGGAAGAGCUUAAAGGUUCUGUGCCUGGAAGUUCUGGCUCACCUCCAACCUCUGUUGAAGUUCCUAGUGCAAAUUCUAGCCUACGCUCUUCAGUCAGUACAUGUGCCAAAGCUUUCAAAGAGAAAUAUUUCCCUGCAGAUCCUGGGGCAUCUGAAGUUGGAGUGACAGAUGACCUUCUCCGUUUGAAAAAUCUUUGUGCGAAGUUAAAUUUCAGUAUUGAAGAUGUGAAGACCAAGGGCAAAGGUAAAUCUAAAGUCUCUGGGUCUCGCUAUUUCGAUAUUUCGGCUAGUAGUGAAGAGGAACUGGAUGGCAUUAUAGCUGAGAUGUUGGGUGAGCUCACCAAAGGUGAUGGUGUAUCAACAUUUGAGUUUAUUGGUAGUGGAGUUGUUGUGGCUUUGCUAAAUUAUUUUUCAUGCGGAACAUUUGGAAAGGAUAGAAUUUCAGAGGCUAACCUGUCAAAACUUCGUCAUCAAGCUCUCAGAAGGUACAAAUCAUUCAUUGCAAUUUCACUUCCCAUCAGUUUCAAGGAAGGGAAGGUGUCUCCAAUGACUAUCUUGGUUCAGAAGCUGCAAAAUGCUUUAUCUUCAUUGGAACGCUUCCAUGUUCUGCUAAGCAAUCAACAUAGAUCGUCUAGCAGUGGAUCUGCGCGUUUGUCUUCUGGUCUAAGUGCUUUAUCUCAGCCAUUCAAGUUACGUCUUUGUCGAGCUCAAGGUGAAAAAUCUCUUCGUGAUUAUUCUUCAAACAUUGUUCUCAUAGACCCUCUUGCGAGUCUUGCUGCUGUUGAGGAGUUUCUUUGGCCAAGAGUCCAACGCAGUGACUCUGGACAAAAGCCUUCUGGUUCAGUAGGAAAUUCUGAUGUAGGGGCUACAGGAACUGGAACAGUUGCCCCCUCACCGUCUGCGUCAACUCCUCCUUCGGGCCGUCGCCCUUCAACAAGAUCUAGGACAUCGGUAACAAUUGGAGGUACAGCAAAGAAGGAUGCUACUGAGGGAAAUCCAACCACUUCUAAAGGAAAGGGUAAAGCUGUCCUCAGAUCUACUGAUGAAGCAAAAGGGCCCCAAACAAGAAACUCUGCCCGUAGAAAAGCAGCUGCUGAUAAGGACACAGAGAUGAAACCUGCACUGGGAGAAUCUAGCUCAGAGGAUGAGGAAAUAGACAUGUCUCCUGUUGAGAUAGAUGACGCUUUGAUGAUUGAUGAGGAUGACAUUUCAGACGAUGAGGAUGAUGACCAUGAAGAGGUGCUAAGGGAUGAGUCUCUUCCUGUUUGCAUACCUGAGAAGGUGCAUGACGUUAAAUUAGGGGAUACAGCUGAUGAUCCUGCAAUUGCUUCUUCUGCAAAUGAUAACCAUGCACAACCUUCUGGUUCUGCCAAUAGAACAACUACAGCUAGAGGCUCAGAGUCUGCCGAAUUCAGAAGUGGAAGCCCGUUUGGUUCAAGAGGUGCCAUGUCCUUUGCAGCUGCUGCUAUGGCUGGGCUUGCAUCUGUUAGUGGCAGAGGGAUAAGGGGUGGCCGUGAUCGUCGUGGAGUUCCAUAUGGAAGCAAUAUAAAUGAUCAGUAUAACAAGUUGAUAUUCACAGCAGGUGGAAAACAGCUCAGCAAGCACUUGACUAUUUAUCAGGCUGUCCAACGCCAACUUGUGCUUGAUGAGGACAGUGAUGAAAGGUUUAACGGCUCUGACCUUCCUAAUGAUGGAAGUAGGUUCUGGAGUGAUAUUUUCACCAUAACUUAUCAAAAGGCAGAUGGUCAGAUGGAUAGGGGUUCCCAAGGAGGUUCAACUUCCUCUCUUUCAAAGUCUUCAAAAUCUGGCUCUGCUUCGAACUCUGGUGUUGAAACUCGUUGCCAGCACCUGUCCCUUCUGGAUAGCAUCUUGCAAGGAGAGCUUCCUUGUGAUCUAGAAAAUUCUAAUCCUACCUACAACAUUUUGUCACUUUUGCGUGUUUUGGACGUUUUAAAUCAAUUAGCUCCUCGUUUGAGACUGCAGACAGUGGCAGAUGAAUUUGCAGAGGGUAAAAUUUCAAGUCUUGAUGAACUCUAUCAAACCGGUGCCAAGGUUCCUUCUGAAGAGUUCAUCAACAGCAAGUUGACCCCUAAGCUUGUUCGUCAAAUCCAGGAUGCUCUUGCAUUGUGCAGUGGCAGUCUUCCUUCAUGGUGUUACCAGAUGACGAAAGCAUGUCCUUUUCUGUUUCCCUUUGAGACGAGGAGGCAGUAUUUCUAUUCAACUGCUUUUGGACUAUCCCGAGCUUUGCAUCGACUCCAACAGCAACAAAAUGCUGAUAACCACAGUUCAGUGAAUGAAAGAGAGGUCCGAGUUGGAAGAUUGCAGCGGCAAAAGGUUCGUGUUUCUAGAAACCGUAUAUUGGAUUCUGCAGCAAAAGUAAUGGAAAUGUAUUCCAGUCAGAAGGCUGUGCUUGAAGUCGAAUAUUUUGGAGAGGUUGGUACCGGAUUAGGUCCAACCCUGGAAUUUUAUACUCUCUUAAGUCACGACUUGCAGAAGGUUGGACUUGGAUUAUGGAGAUCCAGUUCUGGGCCAGACAAAUCUGCAAUGCAAAUUGAUGGGGAUAAAAUGAAAGAUGGGAACAUAGAUGAGGUUUCAGAUGCAAAGAAGCGAGGAUCUGAUGUGGCUGCUGAAAGCAGAAAUUUCAUACAAGCUCCUCUUGGCUUAUUUCCUCGCCCAUGGCCCCCUAGUACAGAAGCAUCUGAGGGAAGUCAGCUCUACAAAGUUAUUGAAUAUUUCCGUCUCCUGGGUCGAGUGAUGGCUAAAGCUCUACAAGAUGGUCGGCUUUUGGAUUUGCCGAUGUCGAUGGCAUUUUACAAACUUGUGCUCGGUCAAGAGCUUGAUUUGUACGAUAUUCUUUCAUUUGAUGCUGAGUUUGGGAAGAUUUUGCAAGAAAUGCAAAUCCUUGUUUGUCGAAAAAAGUUUCUAGAGGCAGCAGAUAGUAGCAACCACAAAGAAAUUGCUGAUCUACGCUUCCGUGGUGCUCCCAUUGAAGAUUUGUGCUUAGAUUUCACACUUCCUGGCUACCCAGAGUAUAUCCUUAAAGAAGGGGAAGAAAGCACAUUGGUCAACAUCAACAAUUUAGAAGAGUACAUUUCCUUGGUUGUUGAUGCAACUGUUAAAAUAGGAAUCACACGGCAGAUAGAAGCCCUCAGGGCAGGAUUUAACCAGGUCUUUGACAUAUCAUCUUUACAAAUAUUUUCUCCAAGCGAGUUAGACUAUCUGUUGUGCGGGCGCAGAGAAUUAUGGGAGCCUGCUACACUGGUAGACCAUAUUAAAUUUGAUCAUGGAUACACUGCCAAAAGCCCUGCGAUUGUUAAUUUACUUGAGAUCAUGGGAGAAUUCACUCCAGAGCAGCAGCAUGCCUUUUGCCAGUUUGUGACUGGUGCACCUCGCCUUCCACCUGGUGGUCUGGCUGCAUUGAAUCCAAAGUUGACCAUAGUGAGGAAGCAUUCUUCAACGGCAACAAAUACCGCAGCAAAUGGAACGGGAGCAUCUGAAUUGGCUGAUGAUGACUUGCCUAGUGUUAUGACUUGUGCCAAUUACCUAAAACUCCCUCCCUACUCAACUAAGGAAAUUAUGUAUAAGAAGCUGCUAUAUGCUAUUAAUGAAGGGCAGGGAUCUUUUGACCUAUCAUAAGAGAAAUUGAUCUUUUUAUAGCUCUUGCUAUACUGUGGGAUGAUCAGCCAAUGUCAGUUCAUCUGUCCAUUUUGAUAAGCAGUGUCCUUUUUGUGCAUCCUAAACUGAUAAUACCGAGGUCAGUUUGUUCUAUCUUUGGUUACAUGGGGCCAAUCCUUUAAUCAUUCCUUCACCUGUAUGUAUAAUGUCAAUUCUAUUUAAUGGGCAAAAACGAUCUCAUUAAUUUCCUUCUCCUUAUGAUCAAUAAUACCAGUUUUCUCUGUCAGCAAAAAUUGGUACACUGAUCAGAGUUGAUCCUCCUUUUGACUGAUUUUAACUCCAUGGGACUCUGAAGGUCUGGACUGCUACCGGCCAGUGCUUGUAAAUAACCAAACAUAAGAAAUGCUUCAUUUCAUUUUUAACUUUGUGCUUGUUAUAAUGUAUUGACAGAGAAUGAUAGAAAGAGAAAUGAUUACUUUUGAAUUAGUCUCAUUUGAUGAUAUGCAGACUUAGGUUUAUUUUUUGCUUUA